AAGCCUGUUAAAAAUGAAAUGGAAAGGAAAAUGCUGGUCCAAAUGAAUUGUGUAAUACAAAUAUUUUUUUAGUAAAAACGGAUCUUCAAAAUUGGUCCAACCGAGUUGUGUGUUGGGAAAAUUGAUCCAAACGUGUCCUGCCCGUAUAUUUAUAUACGUACCUAACCGGAAAAUGGAGGAGGGAAAAUGUUAUAAUUGUAGGGGUGACUGGGUGCAAUUGUAAUAAAUUUCAUGAAAUUAUCUAUUUAAAUUAGUAUUCUAACUUUUUUUGUUUGAUUACAUAGAUAGGUACCUUAAUUUAAUCUGUUGUGUAACAUUUUCCUAUUUUAUAUGCAUGAGGAUUGAUAUUUCAUUUUCAAAAAAUGUUGAGUAAAUGAGAAUCAAAAAGAAAAACUUAAUGUUAAAAUUGUACCCACAGUAAGGGUAAAACUGUAGAAAAGGCAUUAAAGGCCACAAUUAACUUUCCAAUACAAUCAAAACUAGAAUGUACAAAAUUCUCGUCAUAUGGCGUAGGUACAUAAAUAUAUUAAAUUCAUAAUCAAAACUCUUUUGCGACGUAGUAAAAGUAAACUUGGGUUUAUUAAAAAAAAUUUAUUUUUUGUUCUUGGUGUAUGGUGUUUUUAUCACCUUUUAUUAUUUUACUUGUAAAACAAACAUGACAUCGGCCGAUUGAUAAGUAUAGAUGGUACUAUGGUAGAUACAAUCCAUUUACAGUAUUACAGUUAGUGUAUUUUUUUUAAAUUUUCAUACUUGUCAUGAAGGUAAAUAUUUACCGUGUUACAAUUGUACCCAGUCUUCCCUACCUACAUUGUAUAAUAUAAAAAUCAGGCAUGCAAUUUAGUGCAUCCAGUUACAAAUUCGCAAGCAAUUCAGGUGCGGCCAUUUGUAAGCUUGUGUGAUCAAAAAGAUGUCUUUGGCCAGCAUGCUAGCAAGUGCAGAUAGACUCUCGAAAAAUUUGGAACGUAAAAUUUCAAAGCCAAUAAUAAAGAAUGAAAGCAAAGUGAAUGUCAAUGACAAGCAAAUAAAAAAAGAGCCGAAGAUAGUACAUGCUGCAACAGUGCCACGUCGUAGUGUGUUCGAGGUGACAAAAACGAGAUUAUUGGUGCCUUUGACUCCAGAACCUGCACAACUGAAUCAUCCGCGUGUCCAUGAAAAUACAGUUACGGUUAGCUAUAUGCCGUCUAAAAAAGACGUCGCUGUGCAAACAGUUCCAUUCCCAUUAUUCCAGCAACAGCCGGUCGAGAUGGGUUCCACCGAUAAUCACCCAACCCAACAGUUCUCGAGAAAAACUCUGAAUAGUGAUGCCCCAUUUAAAGAAAUUGUUAAGAAAUUCGAUAAGUUUCUAAGAAAAAAUAUGAAAACAACGAUGCUGUUUAAAAAAUAUAUAGACAAUUUGUCGGCUCGGAGGUUCGUAGCUGCUGCGUCCAACCACGAUUAUCGGAAGUACCUCAUGUACUUCUCUUCAUUCUCAAUUGGAGUCAUCACUACAUAUUUGUUGAACUGCGGUUAUUAUUAUUUACAACGUAUAGAAAAUCCCCAACAUUUAUUACAAUAAAUAUUCACAUGAACACACGUUCAAUGAUUUAGGAAAUUCUCAGUUUUUUAAUCGGUUUGGUUGGAUUGAAUCCGUACUUUCUUGACAAUCUAAAAAAUUGACUAUAGCAGGUCUUCAAACCACCGAAAAAAUGAUGGAGACCACUGCUGGGCGAUGGCUCUAAACUAAAAUUAACUGAACGAUUAUCAUUUAAAAUGUAGCAAUACAAUUUUUUAAGUCUGCCAAGUAUGUUAAUUACUAGGACAAUAAGAUGUUGAUGCAGGGUUGCAUGAAUGAUUAACUAAACAUGUGAGUAAGUAAUGAAUAAAUGGAAUUAUUGAGCUAAAGGUCAAAAAUAUAAAAAAAAUAAAUAAAUAAAACAUUUAAAUAUGGUUUACCGAUAUAAUAUUAUUAUCGUUAU